UUUGUGACAUCAUUGCUGAAACCGGCCAUUGUCCACCAGUGCAUGCAUGUACUGGUGCAGAUCAGUUUUCCAUCAACACUGCAGUGGUGUUACUGUACACAUAUACAUGUAUCCUGCAGCCUGGAAAUAGCAGUAACUCCGCCUCCACUUUCUAUGAUAACUUGGCCCAUGUGCUGAGAGGUAUUGAAUUUCACGUGAAAGGCAAGUUGCAGCUGCCAUUUGGUUCUUCCUAGAGGCCUUGUUUGAUUCCCUUUUCAUCAUUGGACUGUAAUCUGGCCUUUGUGUGUGGAAUUUCCGGGUGAUAUAUUUUUUUGUGUGGGGGAUUUGUAUAGUUGAAAAAAAAGUCAACCCACAUGUGCCAUGUCGACACCGGGUAGCAGGGGACCGGCUCCACCUUUACCUGAGAAACCACCGUCUGUAGCAGAGCGGACGAGACUUUUGAGGUCAAGUUUUAGAAAGGAAGAAGUGGAAAAACCAAAAGUUACUGACAACAGAUCGGCCACUAGUGGUAGUACAGCCAGUGUUAGUCCGGUUUCUGAACGGAGUUCUGGGACGUUCACGAAUGGGGAACGAUCGCCAUCACCGGUUCAGAGUAAAAACCAGGGGAAUGAUUCUUCUGCUAACUCUGUAGGAUAUACUAGUAACAGAUUUCCUUCUCAACCUGAAAAGCCUGUACCUGUGACCUCUUUCACUCAGGAUAGCAACAAGGAGACUGCUACAAAAUUAGUACCAGGAACAAAUUUGAAUGCUGCCAAAAGAGAUGCGUUUUUCCGUUCCGGCGGCAGUGAUGGUCCAACAGCCAAGUUUGAUCCUUCAACAAGAUUUCCACCUGAUCGUGAAAAGACGAAACAAGAUAAAGAGCGUGAAUUUGAAUCGGACAAAGAGAAGAAGGAGAGAGAGAAAGAAGUUGUGAGAACAAAUGAUGGUGGACAAUACAGAACGUUGGAUGGAUAUGUGGGAUUUGCCAAUUUGCCAAACCAGGUCUACAGAAAAUCUGUGAAACGAGGAUUUGAUUUUACACUAAUGGUAGUAGGUGAAUCUGGACUUGGAAAGUCAACUUUGAUCAAUUCGCUGUUCGUGACCGAUCUCUAUUGCCAGGAAUAUGUAGGUCCAUCACACAGAAUUAAGAAAACUGUCAGCGUUGAAACCACCAACGUGGUAAUAAAAGAGAAUGGGGUCACGUUGAGGCUGACAAUUGUGGACACUCCAGGCUUUGGUGAUGCUGUUGACAACAGUAAUUGCUGGCAGCCUGUUACAGAUUUCAUUGAUUCAAAAUAUGAGGAAUUUUUGAAUGCUGAAUCUCGUGUGAGCAGAGAACCAAUAAUUCCUGACCACAGAGUGCACACGUGUUUAUACUUCAUAUCUCCAACGAGUCAUGGCUUGAAACCAUUAGAUGUAGAAUUCAUGAAGAGGUUACAUGAUAAAGUUAACAUCGUUCCCCUCAUUGCAAAAGCCGACACAUUAACACCAGAUGAGUGCCGAGAUUUUAAGAAAACGAUAUUAAAUGAGAUAGCACAACACAGGAUAAAAAUAUACGAGUUUCCCGACACUGAUGAUGAUGAUGAGAACAAACAGUCAAUAAAGAUGAAGGAUAGAGUUCCAUUUGCUGUGGUUGGUAGCAACCGGGUCCUUGACGUUGGUGGAAAACGAGUGCGAGGCAGACAGUACCCAUGGGGAAUCGUCGAAGUUGAGAAUCUGGAGCACAAUGAUUUUGUAGCACUCAGGAAUAUGGUUAUCAGGACACACAUGCAAGACCUCAAGGAUGUCACAAACAAUGUCCAUUAUGAGAAUUACCGCUAUGGAAAAUUGGCUCCUGUUGGUGGUGAUGGCAAGGUGAAGCCAGGUUCUCUAAACAGAGAUCCUUUGAGCCAGAUGGCUGAGGAGAAGAAGGAGCAUGAGUUGAAGAUGAAGAAAAUGGAAUCUGAGAUGGAGCAAGUCUUUGAAUCAAAAGUCAAGGAAAAGAAGCAGAAGCUGAAGGAUUCAGAAGCAGACCUGCAGAAACGUGCAGAACAGAUGAAGAAGAACCUAGAACAACAGCAAAAAGAACUGGAUGACAAAUGGAAAACUUUUGAGAAGGAACGGCAAGCAUGGGAAGAACAGUUUGGAGAGAGAAGACGAUCAUUAGAUAAAGAGUCUGCCAAAGGUUCCAAAAGUCACAAAUUUUAGUUCGCCUAAACAAAAGAUGUUUACCCUUGCUGCAAAGAAAAACAAGAAGGGGCUGUUUUAAAGACGACAUUAAUACUCAAGUUUAGGUGGUUUGCUGGGGUUUUUCUCAAUGACUCAAUACAACUUUAAAUCAGAACGAUUAGUCUUCAAGUAAUAAUGGAUCAGUGUGUGAAUAAUGGAAUUGGAUAAUUGGGGCAUUGUCGCUUUCGAGCAUGAAUGUGUUGGUCUUUGAAUUUGAAUCUCAUUCAUUGUGACAUAGUUUUGAGUGCUCUGAAGAUGGUCAUCAAAGAACUCCAUUUCCAUUUCUUAUAACAUCAAACCCCAAAGGCUUGGCAAUAAAAUGUGCCAAUCACAUUUAGUUGGUGAAACGAAAGCAUUAUUAAGGCAAGAAUGAGUUUAGCAAAGAACAUGGAUUUUAACUAUUGGCCAAACUGUCUAUAACAUCGACCCACUGUAGGAAAGAAAAUAGUAUUUAUGUAAAUCCAGAAGAUGGUUUUUAAAUGUAAUUAGUUGAUUAGUAUGAUAAUCUAACAUUUUUCCUCUGUUAAUAUUGGAAUUCAUGAAUAAAGGUUUUCUUAAGAAAUUAAUUUUUAAAAUCCAGUUUACCUAUUUGUGUAAAUUUUGAAGAAAUAUUUAGUUGGGAUUUAAUAGACCACAGAAAUAGAAAAUCCUCUUGGGUAGGGUAUAAUCACAUACUUUAGGCAUAUAAAAACACACUUGUCAUUCACAAAACUUUAUUUAUUGUCAUAAUCUAUAUUCACUUGAAAAAUAUAAUAUUGUAGUAAAGUACAGUUCUUUUAUUUAAAUGAAAAAAAAAUAUAUUUAGGCAAAAUGGGAUGGGGGGCGGGGGGUGGUUGUGUAGUUACAGGGGACAAUAUUUCAAAAUCUUAGGUAACCUGAAGUUGGUUUGCGUGGUUUUUAUAUUACUGUAGCUUGUUCGGGUACGUGAAUUAUGUUUGCGUAACCGGUGAGUAACCUAAUCGUAACAAAUCUCUGCUACUAUUCUGCAUUAUAUUUACAUUCCAAAUGCAUUUUAAACAAAUCAUACAAGUAUUCACAAUUAGACUAGAAAUUUAAAAAAUAGUUUGCAACUCAGUUUUAAAACCUAACAGUCCGCCAGUUAAUAGUUCAGAUGAAUAUAAAUUUGGUUAACCAGUGUUUCUGGCAAAAAAUAAUUUAAGGAUAUGCAAUAAAAACAAAACACCAUAAGUGCCCCUACUAGGUGGUUUAUGGAUUUGAAAUCUUUGUGAAAUUGGGACAUUGCAUUUCAUGCACUUUUGUAGAUUUUAAACAGCAGUUUUUCUAACAAUCACCUAUCUAAAAAUUAUAAGAAUGUAUUCAUUAAUUUCCAAAUUUUAGGGUUCGUAAUGUUACCCUCUGUACCCUCUGGCAGAAACCCUGUUAACCAACACACAAACAGUUGCCAUGAAAUAUUGUGCCCUAAAAUACUUACAGUGGUUGUUGUAGACAGUGAGAUGGCCUUUUUAUAUUUUUGUGUGAAUUGGAUUGACAUAAUGAGACCCUGUGACCAGUCCAUUGUACCACAAAAUUUCUUGGGCUUCCUAUCAUGUAUUUGUGGACCAACUUGACUGCCUUGUAUUGCUAGUUUUGCAUUUUAGUAAUUUAAUUAAGUACAUGUCAAGAUUCAAUUUGCCCCUUCCCUGUAGCAAUUUAUUUUAAUAAUUUAUGUGAAAGAUACUCUAAUACAACUGAUCUGUUUUGAUCAAGAUUUGGGGAAUAAGAUAAUAAAGAUUUGCAAAGACCCUCUGCUCUCCCCCCCCCCCCCCCCCCCCCCCCUUAAACACUGAUGUUGCUUUUGAGCUUUUCUUCCAAACUUGCAUUAACUGAUUAAAUUGUUAGUAUUAAAUCAUUUUAUACAUGUAGAAUGGUGCGAUAAUAACCUUUAAGUAUUGUUCAUAUUUCGUGUUGUCAUUCCAGUUUAUUCGACCAAUGUUAGCAUCUGUUUUGAAAGCCAUACAUUUGUGUUUGCAUUUCUGCUUGUUCAUAGUUUCACUAUAGUUCAAUACUUGUUUUUAUAACAAAAUAAAACUUGAUGAUAAUGGAUCAUAGAAUGUAUGUUCAGUCUUGCUUAGUUAUCAGCUAGAUGUCAGAAUUUGUGAAUGCAUCUCAAGAUUAUUAUGAUUUUUUAUUGACUCUGCAAUCUUUUUGUGUGUGUGACAUCCGAUGAUUAAAAUAUUAAAGUGUCUGAUGCAAAAUGCUUGACACCAAGUUGUGGCCUUAAAUAGAUGCUUAAAGCAACGACCUAUUGCAGCAUCAGCUGGAAAAUAAGUUCAUUGAAAUCACUAUUAUUACUUAAAAAUAAACAUACUUUUUGCUCAGAACUGGUGGCAGUUUUUAAUGUGUGAUCUUAAAAUUGGACCAUAGAUAUUGACUUCAUAUUUUUAACCCCCGGAUACUCUACCCGACUUUAUCCCAGUAUUAUGCCGAAGGGUAAAUUCAUUAUAGAAAAUAUCAACAGGUUUUGUACAAUAAAACAGACAGGUUACUAAAAACAAAAAAAGAUACCUGUAUAUUAUCUAAUACGUAAACAUUGUCACAAAUGAGUUCAUCAGUUCUCCCAGUUAUGCAAUUCAAAGCUUGUGAAGUUAAAAUGUAAUGGUUAACAAGACUGCUAUAGUUCAGUAAUGCCAUUUUCACAGUUAAUAUUGCAUUGCUGUUUGCCUGUUUUGUGAAAAACUAUUUCAUGAAUAUUGGGACUUUGUGGAAUUGACAUUUGUGAAUAUGUUUCUGAAAAUUUACCAUUUCACUCAAAACAAUAUUUUGCUUUCUCUCUGACUAUAAAUGUUCUUAGUAAAUCUCUCAAUCAAAGGUAUCUUUUAUGGGCAUAAUAGUUUUAAACAGAGAAAAAACCAUGUACAGAAUGGAAUUGAAAAAAUGUCCAGAACUACUGGUAAGAAACCAAUGGUAAAAAUCUAGAAUCUUUUAGGGGUAGGUGUAUAUAUGUGGGACUGUAUUCCCACAAUUGUAACAAAAUACAAGUAUAACAAAAUAUUAAUAUAUAAACAAAAACAAAAAAUGUAUAAUUGCCAGUAAGGUAACAACUGAGUUUUUAUCCCUUGGUUUGCAUAUGAAAUAGUUACAGACAUGGAUUUAUGCUGAAGUUGUUUCUUUUCAGAGAGAAAGGGUUAUUGGCAGACUGGUGUUAAUCUUUUGUUGUGGUAUGAUGUAGGAUCCAGAAUUUAUUUGUUACUUCGUGUCUUAACUUUGACUGUUUUCGCUUUGUCUUUACUUUAAUACUUGUUUGGGGUAAAAUUAAUUAAAAAAAAAAAAGUACAAUAAUUUCUUCACAUUUUACUAUGAAGUUAUUUCCCUCCCUUCAAAUUGUUUAUUGCUUCCAACAGAUUCAUGUAAUUUGUAAAAAGAUCUACAAAUGUGCAUGCCGUGUAUGAUUUUAUAUAUUUUGACAUGCAUAUUUUGAGACCUUCAGUUAUUGGCUACAAAAUAAAUUCAUCUUAUUUUCAUAUUCAUUUUAAAAUUUUAGUCUAACUUAGUUUUUAAACUAUUAUUGUUAUGUAUUGCCAUUUUAUGUUUCAUUCUGGCUUCAUUUAUUUCAAGAAAAUUAUAAAAACAGUUUUGACAGUGAUACAGUCUAUAACUUAAUGAAAAUAUUUGCAAUAUUUAUGUUUUGUAUUUUUUGUUUACUCAAUAUUGUCAGUGUAUGUAUAUUGUAAGAUAUAUUAAUAUUAUUAGUACAUAUACAUGUAUGUAUGCAUGCUUUUUAUUUCCCCACCUGUAUUUUUUAUUAUGUAUUUUGGUGCUGUUAACGAAAGUUAUGAUGUCAAUCUUUGUGUCUUGUAAUAGAUUUUAGACUCAAAGUUCUCUUCUUUUUUCCACGUUAGGGAGCCUGAUCAACCUAGACCAUGCAAUUAGUUAAUUGGACACUUUUCACUCUUGGUAAAAAAUAUAAAGACUAAAAAAAAACAAAAACACCAACAUUAUUUGUUAAUCCCUUAUCAAAUAAGGCUGUAAUAAGCUAGAUUCCAAUACCGUAUUUGCUAAAUUUGCAGAACCAUUGAGGUGGGUUAGAUGUUGAUAUUUAAAAUGUUUAUUUAUAAAAAUACUUGUUUAUUCACAGACUGAAAUGCAUAAGAUGAAACUUUUUUUUUUUUUAAGUUCACAAUAGGAGAAUGAAAAAGAGCAAUACAAAAAAUAAAUGAAAAGAAAAGUACCUGAGAAGAUGAAAAUACUAAUAAAUCAAUUCAUUAAUAAAUGAAGUACAGUGUAACAAGAGUUACUUGUUUACUGAAUUAACUGGAAGUAAAUUGUAUAUAUGUUCUAAAUAUUUCAGAAUUUAUUGUUUUAAUUUGUUUGAAUUUGUGAACUAUCGUUACAAAAUAUGUUACUAAAUAAUAAUUUUAAAAAUCUCUUGAAGUACACACCUUAGAAUCGUAUUGGCUUAAACACCCUUGAUGUGAGAUUCUUUCUACUCGGCUCGUUAUCUGAAGUAUUUGGUGAUUAUAUUUAAUUUUAAAAAUGCUGGCAGUUGACUAAAUGAAAAACUGAUCAGAAAAAUAUGUUUUAAUGUAAAAAGGAGACAAAUAUCCAAAAGACUAAACAAAAUUAAAUUGUAUGAAGUUUGAAUUAUCUUAUUCUUGUUUGAUGGCCAUGUGUUUUAGUUUAUGCCAUUUUAGAUCUGUUAAAUUUACUUAGGUAUACUUAAAAAUAUAGGCUUAUAGUUCCUGACCAAUUCAGGCUUUCUGCCAGAAAAUAAUAUGAGGGCACAGACCAUAGGAUGUUUUAAAAUUGGACACUGCAUUCCAUGUGCUUUAAAACAUUUUAAACAGCGGUUCUCUAAUUAUCAUUCACCUAAAUAUUAAAAAAAUAUAUCCAUUAAUUUCCAAGUUUUUAGGGAACAUCAUUUUACCCUCUAAAUCUCUGGCAGAAACCCUGCAAUUCCAACCGCUAAAUAUACUUGAAAACAUAAUGUACUUAAUCGUUAUGAACAUCAACACUGCUUUACUGUUCAACAGGAAACCAUUGCCAUGUGGCUUUCAAGUAUUACAGCCAUACUAUGAGUUAUAAAUCGACUGAUAGCCUUUUAUCCAGAACAAGGGGUUUUUGGUAUCUGAAGCUGUCACCUUAUUUAUACAUACUGACUUGCCAACCAUUAACCUCAAUGAAAAUUUGCAUAAAAGUGAAAAUUUUGAUCAUUCCGUGUUACCGUCUGACCUACCCCAGUCUUUAAAUGACAUUUUAAAAACUAAUUUUGUUACUGCACAAAAUACUUUUCAUAUUAAAACUUGACUCUCGGGUCCAGCGAUGAACAACAUUGACGAGAAUUUACACAAACUGAAAGUAUUAAAUUAUUCAUAUGGCAUUUAUUAAACAUGUAAAUUACUUUUGGCUUUGUUGUGAAGAACAUGCAAGCCACACAAAUUAAAAUGUCCAGGGUAACCCAUUAAUAAACAUAAUCAGUUACUUAUUAUAUUUUAUUUUUUGGGGUGUAGUUUUUUUUAGUUUUGUCGUCAUAGACUGUUGUAAGUCAGAUAUAAUGUUUGUUUGAUCAAAAUAUCAUAAAUGGCUCUGUAAUCAAAUCCAAGUAAAGUUGGGCAUAAGAUAUAACUUGUGAUUAACUUUGCUAUCAGCAUUUAAAUUGCUGGUUUUUCUAACGUUGCAUGAUCAAAAUAUAUUUUGUUGGUACAUAUGUAAUAAAACAUAUUGUGAGUAAUUGCUAUUGUAAUUAUCUCCAGUUUUAAAACUAAUGGGGAUCUCUAGUCACUUGAUGAAACCCUUAAGAACAAUGUUUGUGCUGAGAAUUCUUUGUUUAUGCUAUCAGUGCAUGUUAUAUAUUUUAUUUGCUUCAUGUUCAAAUGUUAAUUAGCUCAUUUAUAGUAAAUAAGCUUUUUACUCGAA